AUGGCUGCUCUUUCUCGUUUUGGACUUGAUCAGUUAAUGGAUAAAAUAACUUUGGUUUGUGAUCGUGGCAGUAAUCUGAUAAAAGCAUUAGAUGAUUAUCAGGUGGUUCAUUGUUUUCCUCAUAGAUUGAAUAAUGUCUUAAAACGAACAUUUUGCAGUGCAGGUAAUAAAGAAAGAAAACAAAGAAAAGAAUCAUUGAAAAAGAAUCAAAAUGAUGAUCAAUUCAAUUGGAAUAAUUCAAAUGAUGAUGAUAAUGACUGUCUUAUGUAUUAUGAUGAUAGGAAUUCAAAUGAAAGUGAAUCUGAUGAUGAUAUUAUUCUUGAUGAAAAAUCUGUUGAAUUAGCUUUGAGAAGUUUACCAUCAUCACCUGAACGUGAUCAUGUUAAUGUAUUAGAAAAAAAUCUACCACCUUAUGCUGCUCAAGUGCUAGCAACAAUAGUUUGUUGUAAACAAUUAUGUUGCCAUGUUAAUUGGCAUCCUAAGCUGGAAGCAUUAAGAAAGUCAACGAUCAAACAAGCCAUAAUUGUUCAAUGGCUCACAAUGUCACAAUUGCUCGAAAGUAUUCUGUCUUCAUAUUCAGCUUUAACAAGUAUUGCAAGUGUUGCCUUUUUUAAAAGACGUGCACAACAAUUAUUAAAAGCAAUGUUCUCUUUGCACGAUCUACAUUGGAUCGCUGCAAUACUCAAUCCACAUACAAGAAUGCUCAAACAUGCUACUGAUGUUGAACGUGCACAUGCAUAUUGUCUAGUGCGAGCUAGAUUAGCUAAACUUAUGAAAAUGGCACAGAUUGAUAAUAAUGAAGAAGUAUUAUCUCCAGCAACUAUUAGUCUAACACCACCACCUCACAAAAAGUUGAAGUCCUACACAACACAAUUUCAUGAUGACACAGAUUUAGGUGAAACAAGUAAUAAUAUGAUAAUUGAAAAACGUGCUCAUCGUGAAUUAGAAAUCUAUUUACAACUGAAUUUAACUAAUUGUAAAUGUUUAAAUGAUGAUAUUAAUAAUCCAUUGUUGUUCUGGAAAGAACAAGAACAUGUACUACCCAAUAUGUGA